AUGUGGUGCCAUGAUCCUCUACGCGUUGUCAACCUGUCAUGGAGGCCCCACAGCAAGGGUUCCAUCGUCGUGCUCACGGUCUUCCUCCUCUUCUGGGUCGGCAUCGACGCCAGCGUCUACACGGCCUUCUGUGGCAUCCUCUUCCCAUGGUCCACGCUGCGCCGGUGCCUGGCCUCUGCUCAUGGAGCGCUCCUGCAUCACCUCCGCGGCGUGAGCCGGCUUCUCUGCCUGCCUUGCCGGCCCAGCCUAUGGAGCCAGAGCGGCGGCAGCAGCACCGUCGGCGACGGCACCCUGCCGCAGUUUCUGGACCAAAUACAGCGGAGUCACGUGCCCGCGCUUGCCCGGGAGACGCCAGCGCAUGGCGGCGCGCGGUUGGCAACGGCGUAUGACGUCCUGGCGUACGAGCAGCCAGAGGGCGGCGGCGGCACGUCGGAGUGUGCGCUCUGCCUCGGGAAGGUGGAGAAGGGGGAUAAGGUGAAGCGGCCUCGGGAAGGGGGGCAAGGUGAAGCGGCCUCGGGAAGUUUGGACGACAUCGGAGCUCAGUCUGGUCUCUGGUGCCUCGCCUAUCAGGACAUGGUCGCGGUGAUGCACACUCCAGCUCGCGCGUCCAAGUUUGUAGUAUCUGCGAAGCCCCGAGUGUUUUGCUGGUUCGCCACCUGGUUGGUUUUGUAUGAUGUAUGA